AUGCGGCUUCCUGCCACCGUCGCGCUGCUGGCCGCGUCCGCCGGCGCGGACACGAACAUCAAUUUAUACGAGGGCUACAACCCGGCGCGCGGCUGCUGCGCGGGCACGACGGUGAGGGUGGGCUAUCUCGGGACGAGCGCCGAGCCCUACUACGGCACGGACGACGGCGGCCAGAUCGUCGGCCUCUACCCGGACCUCAUGGACCUCCUGGCCGCGGAGAUGGACUUCCAGAUCCAGGACGUGGUGGUCCCCUCGACGAGCGACUGGGCCGAGCUCCUGCGAAACGGCACCUGCGACGUCAUCUUCGAGUUCUCGACGGAGGAGGACGGCGUCUCCAUGGCGCGCACGCCGUUCGUGUCCUACACGUUCACGGGGCUGACGAGGAAGACGAACACGCGGUCGGGCGCCUGGUCCAUCUUCGACCCGUUCCACUGGCGGCUCUGGCUCGCGGUCGCGGCGACGGUCGUCGUCGGCGGCGUCGUCGCGUUCGCCAUCGCCGUCGCCGCGGACGGCGCGCCGCGCACCCUGUCGGCGGGCGUCGAGUCCGCGGCGACGCAGCUCUACCACGCGACGGCGCUGCUCCUCGCCGGCGACGACUUCGAGUGGCUCCGCGGUCCCGGCCGCGCGUUCCGCCUCGGCUUUUUGUUCUUCGCGCUCGUGACGUCGGCGACGUACACGGCGAACCUCGCGGCGUUCCUCACGCGGCCCAACGUCAAGGUCCUGGGCCCGCAGACCAUGGACGACCUGGCGACGUCCGUCGCGUGCGUCGAGUACGGGUCCCUCGUCGCCAUGCUCGGGAGCCUCGUCGCGGGCACGAUCUCGCCGGACACGCACGCGGCGGACGGCGUCGCCUACGGCUACGACGAGCUCGGCGCGCGGACCGCGUGGUGCGUCGACGCGGUGCUCGGCGGCGCCGCGGACAUCUUCAUCUCCAACGACGUCGGCCUCCACCUCGUCGGCCUCGACCUGUGUGCAAAUCAACCACUGGUUUGGGACGUCCCGACCAAACUUUGA